AUGAACUCGUAUGCGCCAAAAUCACAGACAACGAAGGAGAUCGAGGCCACUGAGGUGCCAAAUGCGCCAGAGGACACCGUCAGUGACAUCUCCCUCGCUGAUUCCCUCAUGGCCGUCUCCAGUUGGGACGGAUGUGUCCGCAUCUACAAAAAAAACCAUCUCGGCGGAUUCGAACCCCUCAAAAUUUACGAAAACUUGGGAGCUCCAGUUCUUUCAGUCUGUCUCAUUGGAGAGGCAUUCGUGGUAGCAGGCCUCGUAGACGGAAAUAUCGUAGCAGUUGACAUGCGCAGUGAAGGAGUACGGAAGACAAUCAAGGCGCACGAUAACUCGGUGAAGGCAGUCCGCCUCAUGAACAACUUCGUAGUCACUGCCUCAUUUGAUGGAUUCUACAAAAUAUUCGAUUCGGAAUUCAAGGAGGUGCAUUCUGUGAACAUGCAGUCCAAGAUUUAUUGUAUGGAUUGCGUUGGCGAGUACCUGGCACUUGGUCUCAGGAACAAGAAGGCCGUUCUGGUGAAUUUGGCAACCAACAAGUCUGAGGAGUUUAUGACGUCAUUUGAGUACGCGAUCAGGUCGAUUGCGAUAAGUCCGACUCGAUUUGGAGUCGACAUUGCUGUUGGAUCGGUAGAAGGGAAGAUCCAGGUCUUCAACACGAACACCAAGAGCUCCUUCACGAUGAGACAGCACAGACAGGACGAGAAGCUGUACAGCGUGAAUCAGAUCAGAUUUCUGGACGAGAACAUGCUGCUGAGUGGUGGAUCCGAUGGAUUCGUCUACGUGAUCAACAAGGCCACGAAGUACAAAAUGGCAGGGGCGAAGUAUUCGGCACCAAUCACGGCCAUGGUGGUUCAAAACAGGAAGGUGGCAUUUGCAGUUGGAGAUGACUGGUCCAAGGGCUUCCAGCAGCAGUAUACGAGACCAGAGAUCAAGAUCAGCGACCUACAGAGACUGUAA